AUGGAGCAGAACUCCCUCCGCCGUCACACAAUCACUGUGGCGCCGUCGCCGCUCAUGCUCAAACAGUUGCUAGGAGUUCUACCAUCGUGCGAUGAUCUUGUGGAAAAAAUGAUGCACGAGAUUUCCGACGGCAAUUUCUUUGAUUUCGAUGAAACGAAACAAAGAAUUGAGGAAAAUGGCAGUAAAAGAGAGCGGCUAGUCAGUACAGAAACGGACCCGUUCUCUGACGCCGAAUGGAGAUCGGCGAGAUUGUCGAGCAAUGAUGACACUCCAACAAAUAGUGUAAUCGACAACAUCAAAUUGUUAGAAAUGGAAGAAGAACAAGAGAGAUUGAAUAAUUCUCUUUUCUCCCUGUCAAGUCAAUUCGCGCAAGUACAAUUUCGAUUGAAGCAAAUAGCUGAAGCUGGACCUGGAGAUAAAGAAAAACUUUUGAAAGAUUUGCACGAAUUUGCUUUCAAAGGUUGUGCUGAUAUCUCGGAGUUGAGAAGAAUGAGAAGUGAAAGUAUUGAUGAUGAUGAGAUUCGAUUCAAACAGAAAGAACGACAAAAAGAGCUUGUGAACCAAUUGAGAGAACAAAUCGAGGACCUUGAGAAGAUUGCAUACGAAAAUGGAGAUGGAGAUAUCCCAAGCACGAUGAUCAUUCAGAAACAAAAAGCAGUUCUCGAAAAACUUCAAGAAAAGAUCAACUUGAACUUACAAGUGGACAAAAUGAGUGAAUCGGAUUUACAAAAGCAAGUCGAAGACGCAAUUAAAGAGCUGGUAAAUCCAUUUAAAGAAAAAGAGCAACUCGUCGAACAACUGCAGACACAAAUUGUGGAUUUGGAGAGAUUUGUGAACUUUCUCCAACAAGAGAACAAUUCGAUUGAAGAUCAACCGACUGUUAAGGCCUUGACUUCAACAAAUCUUGCAUCUUUGAAAAAGAAAACGAACGGGAAUGCGCUCACUGGAUUGAUUGGAUGUUCAAGUCGGAGAUUUCAGAAGAAUCAGCUCAAGACGACGAAUAAAGGAAAUCAUUACGGUGAUGAACGUGCUCGACUGCAGUUAGCUGUCGAUGAAACUCUUCAAAUCCUCAGCAAGUACACUCUCCUUUAUGUUGAUUAUGAUAGUGGUGUUUCAUCAAAUGGAAGAACGAGCACAGAUACGCUGAAUGAUGAUGUGUUUGAAAAAAGCGAAGAAGAAAUAACAACAAUUGUCCGGAAACAACUUUGCCCUUCAUUGAAAGCUCUAUUAGAGCAUGGUUUGCUCGAUGAAGUCGUCACUCUAAAUUCGUUCACUGGAUUUGGAUGCUUCAGUGCAAGAGCACAAAAGAGUUCAACAACUGCGAAAACAAAACCUUUACAUCAUAUUUGGGAUGUGAUUAUAUAUUUCUAUGAGUCGAGAAGUGGGAGAGAUACAACCGAUGCCCCAGUGAGACAUCUCAGUCAAUCGUUCGCUCUCGAGAAUGUAGCUGGAAGGACGAUUACUUCGAAACAAGCUCUUCUGACAACCAUCGAAAACAUUGUCUCUUCUCAUGCUCGUUUAAGAAGAUCUCGUGAUGCUCAAUGGAAAGCUUUUGUUUCCGCGGCACUCAAUGAAAAGAGAUUGCCGGCAUGGUUGAGAAUCAUCUUCAGAACAAGAAAUGUUGUUGAUAAUUGCUUCUAUUCUUGGUCAUACGUGGCGAGAACUGGUUGUGAAGAAUUGUACACUUUACUCGAGAGUCUUCAUCAAUACAAUGUGACUCUUCCCGUUGAUUUGGCUGUCCGUCCAUUUAAUCAAAUCAAAGAGGCCUUU